CGAGGUGCCAUGGCCCCCGCUCGCCUGUGCGCGUUCCUGCUGUUUCUCCUUGGCGCCGCCGCCGCCGAGUCGAUCCGGGAAACAGAGGUCAUUGACCCACAGGACCUCCUGGGAGGCCAGUACUCCGGAGACCUGCCGGACGAUGAGGAUGUUGGUGGCCCCGGGCGGGAGCCUGAUGACUUUGAGCUGUCUGGCUCUGGAGAUCAGGAUGACUGGGAGGAGCCCAGGAAAUCCUCUGAAGCGAUAGAGCCCUCGGCGCCCCUUGAUAACCACAUCCCUGAGGGCACCAGGCCUGGGAUCCGGCUGCCCAGCCAGCCCAAGGACCUGGAGGAGAACGAGGUUGUCCCCAGGAAGAUCUCGCCCUUUGAGGGGGACGAAGAUAUCUCCAACAAAGUGUCCAUGUCCAGCACUGCCCAGAGCAGUAACAUCUUUGAGCGAACCGAGGUCCUAGCAGCGCUGAUCGUGGGCGGCAUCGUGGGCAUCCUCUUCGCUGUCUUCCUGAUCCUGCUGCUGGUCUACCGCAUGAAGAAGAAGGACGAAGGUAGCUACGACCUGGGCAAGAAGCCUAUCUACAAGAAGGCCCCCACCAACGAGUUCUACGCCUGAAGCCUCCUCGGCAGUGCGGGGGAGGGGAAGGCAUCAGCGUGGUGGACCUUAGGGUUGAGGGAGGGCAAGUUCACACUGACCUGUCAGCAUCUCCAGCUCUGAUGACUUUCUGUGUCAGAAGAGACACCAUCUUCCUACUGCUCUGCCUAGCUCUUCUUGAUUCGCUGGGACUCAGUUGCCCUGGCAGAAAAAUGGGGUUAUACUUGGCCUUUCCUGAAGACAAGCCUUGGAUUGGAUCUUGUUUUUUUUUGUUUUGUUUUUGUUUUUUUUAAGCUUCCAGAUUAGAAUCUGGAACCAGGUUUUGAUUCAUGGGCCCCUCCCGGAGCCCCUCUGAAACCUGGGGUCUUGGG